AUGUACAUACCUCUUCCCCCGACGCUUGGUCUCAAGGACGUGAUGAAUGCCGACAACGCAACAAUAACUGCCCUAGGGGAAUACCCGCUCAUAUUAUUCUCCUGUGUGUACUUCAACGCCAAAGACGUCUUAAACGACUUUCCACUGAGUCAUAACAUCCUAGUAUACAUAAUACCUUCAUGCCUCCUGCUCAUCAUCAAUAUCCUCAUCGUCAAGAACCUCCGGACUGCCCAAAGCAUCACCUCAUCUAGAAACCCAGCAGCUGAGUUGGCCAAACGUCGGCUCAUCAAAUCCGUGGUAGCCAUCAGUUGUAUGUCCUUGAUUGCCUACCCGACAUCCUUCCUGAUGUUCUUCAUUAGCCAGUAUCACGUUACAUCUGAGGCCUCCCAAUUCAGCAUGAUGAUGUUUAUUGAGGACAUGGUACACGCUCUCAACAGCAGCAUAAACUGCCUGUUGUACUGUCUGAUUGGGAAACGAUUCAGAUCAGUUUUCAUGAAACUCCUGUGUGGAGGCUGCCGGCGACGACAAUCACGUCCUCAAAGAGCCCCUGUCUAUGUCAUCAGCUCCAAUGACAAGAGUUCAAGUACAAGACAUUAA